AUGUUGGGAGUGGUUACUACAUUGCUAGUUUCUGUUCAUUUAUUAGCUCUAAUGAUGUCAACAUGUCUGUUACCUUAUAUAGAAGCUAAUGGAUGUACUCAAGAUUCUCCACAUAUUAAAUUAAGAUUUUAUAUUGAACUUUCUUGGUUUUUCUCAACUUGUGUUGGACUUUUACUUUUUCUUCUUGAAAUUGGUGUUAUUUUCUUUGUAAAGUUUAAUGCAAUUGGUUAUAUAUUUGCUGCCUAUAUAACAACAGGAAUGCUUGUUCCUGUUUUAAUUAUUUUUAUUGUCAUCUCCUACUUGAUACAUCGAAAUCGUUUUACCCAUUCAAUUGAAAGAGUAAGUGACAAGGUUGUUGAUUUACAAAAAUAUUUAUGUGAGGCAGAGGCUGGAAAUAUUCAACAUGCUCCUUCAACAAUUAAAAAUAGUGGUAUUGGAGUAAAUAAUUUGAGAAAUUACAAGGAAUGUUAA